AUGCGAAUAUCUGUAUUAUCCAGUUUUUUAUUUUUAUUUCCAAAAAUAAAAUAUUUAGCAAACAAAAGUUAUUCAAGAAUACAGUUUACUACUUAUAGUAAAAUGAUAUAUAAAUUUGAUUUUGAAGUUUUCGGAAAGGUUCAAGGUGUUUUUUUUAGAAAAUAUACAAAACUGGAAGCUGAUAUGCUAAAUAUAAAAGGAUAUGUACAAAAUACAAAUAAAAAUACAGUAAUAGGAACUGCGGAAAGUGAAAAUAAAGAAUCAUUAAAUCGAUUCAGAAAUUUUUUAACAAAUAAAGGCAGCCCUUCAUCACGAAUUGAUAAAUGUUUGAUAACAGAUGAAAAAACUAUUGAUGUAUAUUCAACUAAUAGUUUUUAUAUAAAGCGAUAA